AUGCCCACCCGAUCAUCCAUGACCAUCUCCGAGUCAGAAACCUCACCAUUGCUUAAAAAUGGCGGCUAUUCAGGUCAUAGGAGUUCUUCUCUUACUCGUCGCGUUGUCAACUUCAUGAGAGGCGAGGAUGAGCCAUCAUGGGCAGAAUCUUUCAACUUCUUUAUUUUUGGCACAUGGUUCAAUAUCCUACUCGUAUUCAUACCUUUGAGCUUCAUCUCUCACAUCAUGGACUGGGACGCUGGCCUAAUAUUUUUCUUUAGCUUGAUGGCCAUCGUCCCCUUGGCUAAGUUGUUGGGCGAGGCUACAGAACAACUGACUGUCAAAUUAGGCGAAAAUAUGUCAGGUCUCAUUAAUGCAUCAUUUGGGAACGCCGUAGAAGUUAUCAUCGGCAUUGCUGCUUUACUCAAUGGCCAAUUGCUAAUUGUUCAGACAUCCAUGCUCGGAUCAAUCUUGUCAAAUUUACUGCUCGUCCUUGGUUGUUCGUUUCUCGCCGGCGGAUUAUGUCACAAAGAAGGAGUUUUCAAUAGUGCUGGAGCUCAGGCAGCUGCCUCCUUAAAAACCCAUCCUAAACUCUUCAUUUCGCCUGCUUCACAUACGGAUGAACCAAACAGUGAGGAAACAGUGCCUCGCAUGGGAACAGCCGCUGCCGUUGUUGCACUUUUAUCAGUAACUGUGGUCACCGCAUUUUGUGCUGAGUAUCUGGUUUCCUCCACUGAGGAAACUGCAGUGCGCUAUUCCAUCCCGAAGCCCUUCAUUGGUGUUAUCUUGUUGCCAAUCGCGGGCAAUGCUGCAGACCAUGUCACUGCAAUCUGGAUGGCAAUGAAGAAUAAAUACGAGCUUACCAUCUCCAUUUGCGUUGGGAGCUCGAUUCAAAUUGCCUGCUUCGUAGUGCCACUUCUUGUGAUCGUCGGUUGGAUAGUCGAUCAACCCCUGACGUUGCACUUUCACAACUUCGAGACAAUCGUCCUUUUUGUAUCUGUCUUCCUUGUCAACAUAUUAAUCAUGGACGGAAAAUCGAAUUAUAUGGAAGGUCUCUUGUUCCUUACUCUCUACUUGAUCAUCGCCCUCGCAUUUUGGGCGACCUGA